UAAAUCACCAAAGGCUUUGCUACAAAAUGGCGUCUUUAUAUCUUAUUUAUUGUUUGCUUAAUUCAUUGUUCAGUUGUUAUUGUGUAAAUUCAGCUAACACACAGUAUAUGAAAGAUUCGAUAAAGAAUUAUUUUUCUGAUACCCGACACCACGAUCCUAAAUUCAGAGCGUAUAAGUAUGCUGCAAAAGAAUAUAUUUACAACGAGUUUCACAAGUUUGGACUAAGAACUGAAUACCAUACAUUUCAGGAGACAUCUGUUUCUCCUACUGAUUAUUUCCAAACUGUUAUUGGUAUACUAAGGGGUACAAACUUUGGAACAGUACACGACCGAAUUAUAGGACUAGGUGCACACUAUGACACGGUUAAUACCACCAAAGGAGUUGACGAUAAUGGAGCAGGGGUUGCAGCUAUGUUGGAAGUUGUACGACAGUUAAGUGACAUGAACAAGAAUGGCAUCAAAAGGAAAAACACCAUUGUAUAUGCAGGGUUUGACCUUGAGGAAUAUGGAGCAUGCCAGUCGUGUAGUCUUCGAAAUUACGCUGCUUGGGCUGGGAGUCGAAAUUUUGUAAAAUCAUGGCUCCCUGCAUGGCUAUCAAUAAAUUAUGGUAAAAACCUGCCAACAGUAAUGCACGGAGUUAUAAUAAUGGACACAAUGAUGGAAUAUAAUACUUCCAGUAAAUCGCAGAUAAUUCCAGAAGGAUACGAGUCUGCAUUUCAAACAUUAUUUACCGACUCCUAUAAUAGUAUUGCAUCCGACAACUUUAGAGGAGACUUUUUGAAUAUGAUUUAUCGUAAACCAACUAACGACUCCUAUCUAGCUGAAUCUUUCCAUUCGGCAUGGACAGAGUCAGGAAGACCAGAAUAUCAAAUUGAGUCAUUUCCUCUUCCUUUCGUGAGUGUUGAUGGAGUAACCCCAGAUCAGAUUGACGUCUUAAAUAACUUUUUACGCAGUGAUCAUGCCAAUUUCUGGGAAAAUGGAUUCCCUGCUAUCUGGUUAACCGAUUCGGCCAAUUUUCGUGGUGACAUGAUACAUUGCUACCACGAAGAAUGUGAUAACCUGGAAAUAAUGCUGACAGAUGAAAACAUUAAUUUCCUUGGUAAAACUGCAGAUGCACUUGUAAAGACGAUCCAUAAACUGUCAGAACCUUCUGGGUCUGGUACAAAAGAAGACAGCAGUUCAACAGGUAUAACUACAGGAGGCAUUGUUGGAAUCAUAAUAGCGGUGAUAGUUUUACAGCUUCCCUUUAUUGUGGCAUACUUACUAUGGAGGAAGAAUAGAUCAAUUCCAUACCAGCAGAAUAUAGAUGAAAAUCCCACAAAUGGAAGAGGAUAGCAUUGUAGUUCACUUCCUAGUAUUUCAUUCUUAUUGUAUAUAACAUUAAAAAGAAUCUUUAUGUAAUAUCCCAAAACUGUUACAUGAGUUUUAUCGUUUUUUUAAGGCUAAUGAGAUAACAUUUAUAUGAUAAAUUUAUUUGUAUAUUGUUCAUAUAAUAAAUGGUUUCUGUUCAGAAUGAAGAAAGGAAAGAGAGGUUCGCUACUCUACUGGUUAUUGUUUUCAUUGAUAAAUUCAAUGUUGAAUGUCAACAGUAUCAAUUUUGAUGACAUAGUAAGUUUGUCGUAGUAACUUUGAUCUUUUUGUUUUCUGUAAGUUUUUUGUAUAAAGGAUAUAAAAUAUACUUGACUGUACAACUUUGUUUUAUUGAAAAAACUUAAUUGACAUAUCAUUAUGGAGGAAAGAAAUGAACAGAAAAACAGAUAUUAAGGGUAAAAAACUGGGUUAUUCAUGAAGAUUUAUAAAGGGUAAAAAUUAUUACCAUAUUUGUUUAUGGUAGAUAAAACUGUUUGCGGUUUACAAAAACAAUAAAUUAAUGUAUUAUAUGAAGGUAAAAGAUGAAUGGCAGAUUUUUUUAUUGUUUCUCUUAAAUUUGUUAACAUAUUUUGAGACAUCGGACAAUUUAUAGCAUUACAUUUUGUAUAGAUACUUGUCUGUUGUUAAGCCUAUCUUGCCUUAUAAAUGAGAUUUUGUUAUUC